AUGUCCACUGAUUACCUUACCUUGAACAGAACCGGCGACAAGAUGCCCAUUCGCGGUUUCGGCUGUUGGAAGAUUGACACCAAGGAUUGUGAGGAGACCGUCUACCAAGCUAUCAAGACUGGUUACCGUCUUUUCGAUGGUGCCUGUGAUUAUGGUAACGAAGUCGAGGUUGGUCGUGGUAUUAACAAGGCCAUCAACGAAGGUUUGGUCAAGAGAGAAGAUCUUUUCAUCGUCACCAAGCUCUGGAACACCUUCCACAGCAAGAAGCACGUCCGUGCCUUGUUCGAUAGACAAUUAAAGGAUACCGGUCUUGAAUACUUUGAUCUUUAUCUCAUUCAUUUCCCCGUUCCCUUGCAAUAUGUUGACCCUGCUACCGUCUACCCUCCCGGUUGGUAUGUCGGUGAUGCCAAGUCUCUUCAAUUCGAGCAAUCUCCCAUCCACGAAUGUUGGGCUGAGUUAGAAAAGAUUGUCGAUGCUGGUUUGGCUCGUAACAUUGGUGUUGCUAACUUCAACUGUCAAGCUAUCUUGGACUUGCUUACCUAUGCUAGAAUUAAGCCUGCCGUUUUACAAAUCGAACUCCAUCCUUACUUGCCUCAAGAGCGUUUGGUCAAGUGGGUCAAGGAACAAGGUAUUCAAAUCACUGCUUACUCUUCUUUCGGUCCUACCUCUUAUGUUGACUUGACUGAAUCUGGUAAGACUUAUACCUCUUUGCUCGAACACGCCAGUGUCAAGUCUGUUGCCGAUAAGCACAACGUCUCCACUGGUCAAGUCUUGCUCCGUUGGGCUUUGGACCGUGAAUUCGCUGUUAUCCCCAAGAGUGUUAACGCUGGUAGAAUGAAGGCUAACUUGGAAAUCUUGGAUAUCAAGCUCGAUGCUGAGGAUAACAAGACUUUGGAUUCUCUCAAGACCAACCAAAGAUUCAACGAUCCCAUGACCUACGGUUUCGGUUUGCCUCUUUUCGAUUAA